CAUUUCGAUAUUUUACAAUCAUACCACUUGAUAUAUAUCAAAAUCUGAAGGGUAAACUAAAAAAAAAUUUCGUACUUUUGGGCUAAAGUUCGGACAGGGUCUCUGUUCUGUUUUUGGCAUUGUCACCGAUGGCCAAGGAUAAGAUGCAUCGAUUUUAUACAAAUAUAAUAUAAAGCCAAUCAAGGUUGCACAUGUGUAUCUGUACACUGUGCAGGGCCGAGAAUCGCCGCAUACAUCAUGCACGCGUAAGCCUACUUAUAAUAUAUGUAUGAGUGGGUCAAAAUAAUAAAACAACCUAAACAUAUAAUAUGAUUUGGAAUUCCUUUGUCUCGUCGAGUUUCUGCCGAGCUUGAAGAAAGCUGCGCCGUUGCCGCACUGCCUGCUUAUCGCUAUUCGGCUUAGCCAACUCUAUAUACGAUCGUAAAGUCGAAACCAGAGCCGUGGAAAGAUUGAGACUCGACUCGGCCCGUAGGAGUGCUGCUGCUCUUUGUGCUCACUCUGAUUUUAGUUUUUUUUCUCGCAAGUAUAUAAUUCGUCGUCGGCUCCAUACCACGGAUAAUGUCUCGCCUUACCAGCAACGUAUACGCGUCGAGCUGUGAGCUACUUGCGUCGACGACAGAUUCGAAUCGACAGUCCAUCGAGACGCAUGUAACCACCGAGUCGCUUCUCCUCUCUACCGCAUUAACGCCCUUAUAUUAUCAGAAACGUAUUAUUCCCAAAGUUACACACAUACAUAUUAUAAUUCACGAACAAAUACUCGCGCGCGUUAAAUAUUUAUUGGUGCCUAAUUUAAUUGUGCUGCAUCGAAUAUAUCCUAUCUGAGGUUCUAUCUUUAGCGCAUUGAAAUUAAGCAGAUUUCAACGAUCAACUAAACAGAUCGAUUACAGAAGAUGAAGGUUUUAGCAAAUGAAGACUGCAAUUUUCGCAGACCAAAACAAUUAAAUUCUUCUCUAAUAAGUAUCUCGAGAAGAACUCCAUACAAAUUGAAUACAAGGAAUAGAACUGAUUAUAGCCGCUUGUACUGCCUGAUUCCCUGGACUGAAGAAUCCGAAGAAGAAAGAGUGAAUAAAUUUUUUCACGAGUUCGCAAGAUACGGACAGCUCGAAUACAUCGAGACAGUCAAGAAUAACACGUUUGGCUACGUCAAGUACAUCGACAAAGAAGAUGCGAAAAAGGCCAUGCGCAAAUCCAAAGGGACUGGCUACGCUCCAAUUUUCGCGGAUGAAAGAAAACGCAGCGCGGCUGAGAGAUCGCUCGAUCCGUAUGACUUGAAGAUUUUCCAUGAAACAUGUGGAAAUGAAAUCUAUGCGAGUACGCAGGAAUUGCAUUACGAGACCUGCGCCAAGCAACUCAAUUAUUACAGAAAUCUUUACCACGGUCCCGAUGGUAAACCAGUAUCCCAGUAUCCCAGUGGUACCAGUCAGCGAUUGCUCUGCACGUGCCCAAUUUGUCCUUUAUCAAAUUCUUAAAAUUUCUUUCUCAAUAACGACAUCAUUGACUCUAUGUAAUCCAUCAAUUUUACUGCUUUUAACGUCUCUUUCAAUUAUCAAAAUGCAUAAACGAAGAAAAAAAGAAUACUUUUUGUUACAAUGCCACUCUUCAAUGUCACAAUUAGCUUUUGUAAUGUUACGAUAACUUGAGCUGAAAACGUAGUUAUUUUUUUGAAUGUCAACACAAUUUUAUAUAAUGAAACUUGGCUCGUUAUGUAACAAAUGAAAUUUACUCAUAAGUUUGUUUGCUUUAGAUUUUCAUGACAAUAUAUUUAUAAUAAAUUCAUUUAAAAUUUUUUGAUUUUUUGAUUUAUUUCAUAAAUGUCCACUCAAGUUCAUAAUAUUGGAAGAACAUUUUUUACACGUAAAUCUCUUUUUUAACAGCUAAAACCAUCAAAAGCAGAGUGAUCAUCUUCAUACGUAUUAUGACACAUGAUGAUAAGAUUUGACUCGGGUUGGAUUACAGGCGAAGCAUGUUUUGAAAAAGUUUUACAUUCACCGAAUAUGCAACAAUAGCAGAAUGUCCAACGUGUACUAGCAUACACGGUCUACAGUUGCAGCUCUAUACACACUUGGGUAUUAAUCUGGCUAUUAAUAGUGUGUAUAGUCAACCUCAUUCUUUGAUAUGUAACAUUUACUUGAAUUAAAUUAAAUUAUUUAUUUCCUAGGUUAAUUGCACGGCUUGAAAAUUGCUAUAAUUCGUACGUAUAAAAGGGAAGAAAAGUACACAUUUGUAAAAGUACAAUAACACUUAUCGAAAAUCGAUUUCAACAGUAUUUGGACUAGCCACCAGUUGAAUGGAGAUUCGCUGGAAAUUUCGAUAAUUUAAAUAGAUACUUAAC